UUGAGGGGAGAGCGAGGCGGAGCGGAGCCCCUUGAAACAAACCCCAAGCAAAAAGCAAAAAACCAAAAAAAAGAAACAGUUUAAGGACAAAAGCAGAGCCCCACGUUGCGGCGCGGCUCCGGCAGCAAGUCCGCGCGGAGCGGGAGCGCGGCGCGGCCGGGGCCGGGAGCCGCAGUGGAAGCCGCCCCGGGGCCGGCCCGGAGCCCCCCGCAGCCCCGCGCCGCCGCGCCGAGCCCCGCGGCCGCAGCCAUGGUGCAGCAGACGGGCACGGCGGAGAAUACGGAGGCGCUGCCCGCCGCCGAGACCUCGGCCGCCGGGGUCGGGCUGGAGCUGGGCAUCGCCUCGUCGCCUACGCCCGGCUCCACCGCCUCGACGGGCGGCAAGGCGGACGACCCGAGCUGGUGCAAGACGCCCAGCGGGCACAUCAAGCGACCGAUGAACGCCUUCAUGGUGUGGUCGCAGAUCGAACGGCGGAAGAUCAUGGAGCAGUCGCCCGACAUGCACAACGCUGAGAUCUCCAAGCGGCUGGGCAAGCGCUGGAAGCUGCUCAAGGACAGCGACAAGAUCCCCUUCAUCCGGGAGGCGGAGCGGCUGCGCCUCAAGCACAUGGCGGACUACCCCGACUACAAGUACCGGCCCAGGAAGAAGGUGAAGUCGGGCAACAGCUCCGCCAAGCCCGCAGACAAGGCGGACCGGGCCGCCGGCGGGGGCGGGGGCGGCGCCGCGGCCGUUCCGGCGUUGACAGCGCUCGGAGCGGCGGCGGGGCAGCAAGUUUAAUUUGCGG